CGCGGGCGGCGGACGCCCUCUGGGGCCGGGCCAGGCCUUGGGGCACCGGGACGAGGCAGGGCCGGGCCGGUGGCGGCCGGGGGACCGCGACGAUGACUCUGGAGUCCAUGAUGGCGUGUUGCCUGAGCGACGAGGUGAAGGAGUCGAAGCGCAUCAACGCGGAGAUCGAGAAGCAACUGCGGCGGGACAAGCGAGACGCCCGGCGCGAGCUCAAGCUGCUGCUGCUCGGCACUGGCGAGAGCGGGAAGAGCACCUUCAUCAAGCAAAUGCGCAUCAUCCACGGCGCGGGCUACUCGGAGGAGGACAAGCGUGGCUUCACCAAGCUGGUGUACCAGAACAUCUUCACCGCCAUGCAGGCCAUGGUGCGCGCCAUGGAGACACUCAAGAUCCUCUACAAGUACGAGCAGAACAAGGCCAAUGCACUCCUGAUCCGGGAGGUGGACGUUGAAAAGGUCACGACCUUCGAGCGCCAGUAUGUGAACGCCAUCAAGACACUGUGGAGCGACCCUGGCGUCCAGGAGUGUUACGAUCGCAGGCGGGAGUUCCAGCUGUCUGACUCGGCUAAGUACUACUUGACGGACGUGGACCGGAUCGCCACAGUAGGCUACCUACCCACCCAACAGGACGUGCUGCGGGUGCGAGUGCCCACAACUGGCAUCAUCGAGUACCCGUUUGACUUGGAAAACAUCAUCUUCAGGAUGGUGGACGUGGGCGGGCAGAGGUCAGAACGGAGGAAGUGGAUCCACUGCUUCGAGAACGUGACGUCCAUCAUGUUCUUGGUAGCCCUAAGCGAGUAUGACCAGGUCCUGGUGGAGUCAGACAACGAGAAUCGCAUGGAGGAGAGCAAGGCGCUGUUCCGCACCAUCAUCACCUACCCCUGGUUCCAGAACUCCUCUGUCAUCCUGUUCCUCAACAAGAAGGACCUUUUAGAAGACAAGAUCCUGCACUCACAUCUGGUUGACUACUUCCCCGAGUUCGACGGGCCGCAGCGGGACGCCCAGGCUGCUCGUGAGUUCAUCCUGAAGAUGUUUGUGGACCUGAAUCCCGACAGCGACAAGAUCAUCUACUCACACUUUACCUGUGCCACCGACACUGAGAACAUCCGCUUUGUGUUUGCGGCUGUGAAGGACACCAUCCUGCAGCUGAACCUGAAGGAGUACAACCUGGUGUGACCUGGGCGUGGCCGUCCCCAGGGCCAGCUCCCUCCGCAUCAGGUCACCCAAACCACAGAGGGCCCCGGCACCUGAGGGCCUGGGCGCAUGGGACUGGGGCGUGUCUCUUUUCCCUCUCACUUCCUGUCCCUGUCACCAUUCCGCAAGGGCAAGGGUAGCCUCUUUCCGGCCUUGACUCCUUGUGGCUUGAGUUUGUUUUUUGUUUUUUGUUUUUUUUUCCCUAGGAAGCAAACAAAAAGAAAGGAGGGGGGAGACACAUGAGGAGCAGCAGUGGGCCCUCCCAAAGGAGUCGUCCCCCCAUGGCCACAGGGUGAUCAAGGUCAGGGCCCUGCAGCCCAAGCCCAUGGUCCCAAGUUGGAGUCCUCCCCCAGGAGGGCUGGAGGCUGGGGGUCAUGGACUGUCCCUUUUCUAAGUUAUUGAUCUCCAUGUGCCCUCAUGACUCUCACCAUCUGCUCCCCAGACUCCAAGAAGUGAGGGUGGGCGGCCUUCGUGCCCACCCUGGGAAGUGCCUAACUGUUUUUGUUUUGUUUUUGUUUUUGAAGAAAAGAGAAAUACUCUCUUCCAGUCUGUCUCGGCAGGGCAGGUGACAUGCUGCAGGUUCCCAGCUCUGAGUGACUGUCACCCUUGUCCCCCUGCCUUAGACAGGGCUAGGCCUGUGGCGGAACCUUUGGGAGCAUUGAGCCCCUGAGAUCCGCUUCCCAGUGGCCUGGCCAGGAAAGACCCUGGGGACCCAAGGAGCUGUGUGGAGCUGGGCAGCUGGAGGGACCAUCCUCGUGGCUCAGGCCUUUUUCUUCCUUUUUUUGGGGGUGACUGAGGUGGGUGACAGGGGCCUCUCCGAGUUUUCUCAGGUCUCCAGACACGGGCAGUGGCCUCACCCAUGUGCUCGACCCCGGCCCAGUUGCUGCUCCGCUGCCCAGUGCUUCCCGAGCCCGAGGGCCAGCAUCCAGGAGGUGGUGACCAUGGCCAGAGAGGACACAGUCCAUCCCCUUCCCCCCAACCCCCCACCCCCGCUGCUCAUAUACACUACAAUGUCUGUCUGUCUGUCAGUCAGACUUCUUUACUUUUGCACGUGCAUUCUGGGCUUGGAUAUCCGGCCUUGCCUUUGUCCUGCCUGCCACGCUGGACUCCAGGCCCCAGAGUGUCCACUCAGACACACGCCAAUCUGGGCAGUUGGCCACAUUGCUGUCCCAGGCAGAAGGGAACAAGAGAGCAGUGGACAUAGCAGAGCCCCAGGGUGUGAACGGUGGCUGUGACUAGCACCCACAUUCCUGGCCCCCCCAGCCCAUGGAUUCCUGACUUUCCCACACCAGGCCCCUCUGGUGUCUCCAGAUGAGGGUCUAAUCUCGUGCCAUCCUAACCACGAUGGGGCUGCAUGGAUGACAGGGUCAUCCUGGCCACCCAGAGCCAAACGGCCAUUGUAGCCACCCACCCUUGGGAGGUCCAGGUCCUCAAAGAGUGGGCAUCAGCCACUCAACAAAAAGAGCACCUGGACCUGUACAGGUGUCCAAGGGCUGGGCUACCCCAAGCCGGCAAGUGUUAGCCCCUUUCAGGCAGCGUCUAAGUAUGCCAGGCCACAGUGGCCACAGCCAAAGCCCGGGGCAGCGCCCAGCUCGCCCAAGUGAUGAGUGGCAGGUUCUGCCCAGGGGAUCCAUGCUAGGGCCCCUGGGACUGUGCCACACAGGUCACAAUGGGGACCUGCCCUCCCUACGUCUGACCUGGCCCUCACCAAGGGAUAGCCCGACUGCAGGGAACACGCAGGCUUCUUUGUGUCUGCCCCGGUGCGCAGGAGAGCCUGGCGGGGAGCCCGAGCCUGGCCCACAGUGGCAUCCAGUGGCUGCUGUGCCCCUUGUAUAUUAUUACACAGUCCUCUGAUUUCAGCCAACUUAAGCCUAUUUAAGAGAACACUCAAAACACUGUUUUUAACCCUCGUCCUUUUCGAAGCAUGUUCCUUGUGUCGGUGGGGGGAGGCUUGGGUACCUGGCUCGUGCCAGGCUCCUGCAGGCCCUUGGCCGUGAGGGAUGGGUGCCAGGGUGCAGGCAGCAAGUUGGGCUUGGCCCCUCACCCGAGGGCCUCCCGAAGCCGCCUUUUCAUACCUUUCUCUUGAAUUCUGUUUUAAAUCUGAAUAAACUUUGUUCCUAAA